ACCAGGUGCAGAGACCAGGGAUGGUGACUCAGCAGCAGCCUCCUCAGCAGGCAGGACCCCAGGGCAUGGCACCUAUGGGCCCCCAAGGCCAAAUGAUGAAUACUGCUCAAAAUGGCAAUCCUCAGCUAUAUCGCAGACAACAGCUGCUCAGGAUGCAGCAAAUGCAGCAGCAGCAAGGAGGCAUGCCUCAGGGCCAUGGUCAGUUCCCGCAGCAGCAGCCGGGGCCAGCAAGCUACUCCCAACUUCGUAUGCAGCAGCAAAUGGCUAUACAAGGAGGUGGGGGGCCAAUGGGCCAGCUUCCUCCCACUCCCCAAAUGAGCCAACCUGGCAUGGGCAUGGAUGGGUCCCAGAACCUUCUCCAGCAGCGCAUACUUCAGCAGCAGCAGCAACAGCAGCAGCACAUGUUGAAGCAGCAGCUGGGCUCUCCAGCACAGGCUAACUCGAUGAGUCCACAACCCCACAUGCUCCAAGGCCAACCCCAGGGAGGAGCUCACUUACCUGGCCAGACAAUGGCUAACACCCUGGGAAACCAAGUACGCUCUCCAGCCCCAGUGCAAUCGCCCCGUCCACCUUCACAGCAGCCCCCGCAUUCCAGUCCCUCCCCACGGAUACAGCCCCAGCCCUCACCCCAGCAUGGUGCCCUCCACUCCAGCUCUCCUCAUCCCAACCUUGGAGGACCCAUGUCAGGCUCCAUGGAGCAGGGACACACAGGCACACCAGAGCAGAGUGCCAUGCUCCCCCAACUUAACACACCGAAUCGAGGGGCGUUAAGUAAUGACAUGGGUAUGAUGGGUGAUACGAUUGACAGAGACACGCUGGAAAAAUUUGUUGAAAGAUUGUAGCAUUUUGUGACAGAAGAAAGGCCUUCUGUUGUCAGCAGAGAUUUUUUGUACUUGCUGAUGUAAAAAGCUAGGCUAAAAGAAAUUCAAACAGAUGAGUCAUGUGAGGCCUACAGACUGUGAACUUUGCUAAACCAAGGGACUGCUUUUUCUUCCAGCACACAGAGUGAUUUAAUAAUUGCUGUUGAAAAGAAGACAACAGAGACAAAGAAUAUAUUUUUGUUCAGACCGGCCAUGCAAGAAUUUGCUCUGGUCUUUGUGUUGGUUUAAUGUUUUUCAUUUGUUAUGCUCUGGUAUUGACUCCUUUUUUAACAAAACUUCUCAAAACAAAAAAAUAUCAUUUUAUUCUUUUUUAUUUUGUAUCUUUGCAAAUUAAUAUCAUUUAUGUUGAGAAGACUGUAAAAUUAUUUCUGUAAAAAUGUUUGUCUUUUUUGCCAGGUUUCACCUCUUGCUCAGUUUCUUUGUUACUGGCUAAUUUAUUCUAAUAUACAUUUUUCAAAAGGACUGCCUUUGGGAAAGCCUUAAUUUCUUUCCUGUUUGCAGAGUCUAUGGGAGAUUAAUGUAUUUGUAUAGAUCUAGUAACUAUUGCACACAUCCAAACACAACAUGCAGGUGUAAAAGAAACCUGCCUUGAAGCUUGUUAGAGUUCACAGGUGCCAGAAUGUUCUUUUUACUGGCCUGGGCCCUGUAUUUGUCUUGCAAAUUAAAAAUUGCUUUGUCUCUCCUUCAGUCUACAGAAAUUCUCAUUAAAGGUCCUGAACCUCUUUUACCUGUGGUGGGAAAUUAACUUGUUUGACUGCUGAUUUGUGUUUAGAGAGAGUUUUGUGCAUCAUUUUCUCUCUUGAAUUAAACUUGAAUUGAUGAUGAACUGCUCUCUAAUGUAAAUCUAGCAGCUCGACAGUACUGUAAAUAUACAGAAAAUAAUGAAAUCACUGUACAAACUGGUUCAAAUGGCUCAUUUCGUACUUAUAUACCAUAUUGUUAAAUAAACCUGUGUGCCACAGACUGCUUCUAGUUAUUUUCUGUUUGGAGAACAUUGUUGUCGUCAGCCUCCGGGCUUUAACUACAGAUUAUUUUCAUUAUUGAUUAAUCUUAUUAUUUUUGAGUUAUCAUUUGGUCUAUUAAAAACAAA